CUCGCCAGAAUUAAAAAACCUUCUGAACAUCUGUUGAAGUUUACAGUGUUCAGGCCAAGCUUGCAGGGAAAUUGUCCUGACCUGAGUGUCUUGAUCUUCUUGACCUGGGUGUCAAAAAUGCUGCAAGUGGCCGUGACUUUCCUUCUCAUAUCUGCCAUCAGUGGACAGAUAAUUGAUUCAUGGAAAACAAAGAUCGUAGAAUACGAUAUUUCUCCAAAUUACUGCGUGUUUCCCUUUAAAUACAAUGGACAGCUGUACUUUUCGUGUACAUCAGUGGAUUCCAAGCAUGAGCGGCUGUGGUGUUCACUCACCUCUGACUAUGACCAGGACCGGCUGUGGGGCUAUUGCCUGGGGAAUACGAAUCAAUACACCUGGCUGCCUGAGUCUUCAUGUGUCUUCCCCUUUACCGUGGGGGGUAAAACAUAUAAUCGUUGUACUACGGAUUACUGGUUACCUGGGAUUCCCUGGUGCUCCACUACAGCCAACUAUGAUCAGGACAAAAAAUGGUCGUACUGUCCCUCCUCAGGGGUGAGAGUGUCAAGCAUAAAGAAAGCAAAGUAGUUUGAAGUCCACAACUGAAGAUUUAGCUGAAGAUGAACUGGAGCUUCGCUUUUUCACACUGGC